AUCGUCAGCGUCGCAGCCCCUUGACCUUCGUCCGUCUUCUCAUCAUGCCGACCAAGACCUUCGACACACCCUACCCGCCCAUCGACACCGACCCGCACUUUCGGCGCGUCGUGGGCAACUUCCGCCAGUCAGACUACGUCGCCUGGGCCGGCGCCACCGCUGCCUUUCCCUCGUCGAUCUACCUGAUGGAGAUGUUUGACCCGACAAAGGCGCCGCGCGGGAUCCGGUCGGCGCUGCGCCUGUCGACGUUCCUCGGCGCGUGCGGCGGCUUCCUCUUUGCAUACCAACGGAGCAGCUUCCGGCUCUGGGGAUGGAAGGAGAACGCAGUGGAGCAGGCCAAGGCGGAGCAAGAGAGCGCCGCGGGCCCGGCCCCGGGGACAGACGCCUCCAAGAGCGACCUCGACCCGUACCUGCAGGGCGUCGCCCACCGCAACUCUGCCUUUUCCCAGCUCAAGUUCAGCACCCUGCCCUGGUUCAACACCGUCUCGCAUGGCUACCACGGCGAGCAACCGGCCGCGGCUCCCAAGGACGACGACGAGUGAUAAAAGAAAUGAGAAUUGCAUGAAC